AUGGAGGCUGUUUCCAUCAACGAUGGUGUCGAGUCCUGGGGUAUGCAGCCUGGCUGGCAUGGUCAUGGUUUCCGUCCCAGAGUCUACAACUGCACCAAUGCCGUUGAUUCUGACAUCGUCGUCCGCUUUGGCGGUCGUCGCUUCGAAUUCUAUUCCGUGAAGGCCACCCUCAGCGAGAAGUCUGGCUUCUUCAGACGCGCAUUCGAUGGCGCUUUCCCUAUCGCCACCGCUGAUGUGGUCGACCUUGGCGAUGAAGACAACCGCAGACAUGUUUAUGCUAUGCUCCGUUUCCUCCACGGAACCCCCUACACCACCAUCCAUGCACGCGAAUCGAUGGGCCUCGACUUCCAUCUCGACAUGUACAUGUUGGGCGAGCAGUACGACAUCCCUUCCCUCCGCAGGGCUGCUGCUCAGAACUUCUUCCUCGAAGCCACCCCACUCGCAGACAAAGCCUAUUUCCCUAUGGCCUUGCAGAAGAUUCUUGGACCCGAUGCCCCUGUCAUGGCCGAUCCUUACCUUCAGGAACUCACCAUCAAGAUGUGCACCGAGCAGAUCGAGACCCUGAUCGCUAACCAAACCUUCAAGGACAUGGCUCUUGACGGUGAACUGAUGGAUGGCUCCGUUCUCGUCGCCAUGUUCUUCGCUGUUGGCGAACGCGUCAGAACUCUUUCAGGAGGUGAUCUCUGGCUGUCAAAGGAAGAGCGCUUCGUCAACGCUCAGGCUGAGCUGAUCGCCGCUGAAGCCGCCAUGGGCCCCACUCCAAGAUCGUUUUUGGCUAGACAGAUCCGCGCUCAGAGAGCUCAGAACGCUGCUGCCAGAAACAUCGUCAUCGGAAUGCCUCAGCCUACCAUCCAUCCUUUCCCUGCUGCUCUGACCUCGCACCCUCCUCACAUCGUCUAUCUGCCUGCCGUCAAGAAGAAGAAGACCGGUAUCACCAGCCUGUAA